AAGAAAUUGGCCUUAUGCAAGUCCCCGACCACGUAUAGUCUAGAUUCCAACAUUCAGUCCGGUGGAUAGAUAACGCCCGAGGUCCGGAUCGUCCCGACGAAACUGAUCUCAUCAUUCUUAAUCUUCUUUCCGCCCGGUUUAGGCAAACGGCCCCGGUUGCACAAGUAUCUAACGGCCCAUGUGCUGAGAAUGCAGACCAGGAGUGGCUCUCCGGUGCAAUCUGUGCCGUGGAAUAGCCAGGCAGCAGGCGCUGCAGAAGGGUCUCGAUUUAGCCCAACUCUGGAGCGUCUCGAUGAGAGCCACCGGAUUAAACUUUCCCGGAUAGCAUCUUGUGAUACUAGGCGCCGGAAGCCUCCAGUCAGCAGUUUUGACAUGCUAACAGGGAGUAGACUGGCCUGGGACGCGUGGACAACUGAGUAUCAUCCCGAUUCGGCACUUCUAGGCCUUGAAGCCCAGCUGUUCGUGUAGGAACGUGCCCCCGAGUACCAGCACUCAAUGACUCAGGCCGAUUGUGCGAACGGGCUCGAAACGUCGUGGAUGCCUAACUUGACUUGCUUGGGUCCGAAGACCGCCCGCGCGGCUCGCGGUCGCCGGAGCUAGGAAUUGUCGAUAGGAUCCGAGUUGCACGCGAGGAGAUGGUUCGAACUCUUAGAUGGCCCAGAGCAGAUAUCAGUCUGUG